GCACCAGGAUCCAACUGGAAGCAUCUAAACAUUACAUGGUGUGACAACAAGGGCUUGAAAACAUUUUUUGUUGCUAUUUCACAGCAUGGCCAGUAUGGUAUGAGCCAUCAGAAGGUGAGCAGCCCAGUUUUCACUAACUAAAACGCUAUCACUGGGACACUGGCAGGAGGAGACCAGCAAGCAUGUUCAAGACCAGCUACAAGCGCGAAGUGCGCAAGGAAAAAUAUGAACACUCUGAUGUAUUUGAGGAUCAAGGCGAAGCGGGAUCCGAAGCCUCUUUGUGCAGUUCCAGCAUGGUACCUGGCUUGGAGAGCCUGCAGGAGCUGAACAAUCGCUUUGCCCGCUACAUCAACAGGGCCCGUGUGCUGGAGCAGCGCAAUGCUGUUUUCCGCAAGCAGCUGGAGACGCUGCAGCACAUGGAAGAGGCGGCUGGGCUCGAGGAGGUCUUCAGUGAGCAGAUCAGCACUAACCAAGAGCGUAUCCGUGAACUUCAGGCUGAGCGUGCCAAGCUGGAGAGAGAACUCAAGGAUGCCGAGCGCAUGCUGGAAGAAUUUAGUGUCAGAUACAGAAGCGAGUGUGAAUAUCAAGACCAACUACGAGGGACUCUGGAGCAGCUCAAUAAGGAGGCAGACGCUGCACUUCUGAGAAACCUGGAGUAUCAGAUUGAGUCUCAGUUCCUACAGGAUGACAUAAAUGCCACAAAGGAGAGACAUAAAAAGAAUCUUGCUGAGAUACAGACUUACUUGAACAUCCUCCACCAGAUCAACCAGACUGUUGUUUUAAUGCCCAGUGUGUCAGUGGGGAUCUCAGAGGAGCAGGAGAAGCUGAUAAGUCAGAGGAGAGUUCCUGCUUUGAGCACUCAGUUAGAGGAGUAUAAGAGUUCUCUCUGUCAGCUGCAAGCGCAAAAGCACAAGCUGCAAACUGAGAUGUCAGCACUGGAGCAGGCCAUCAAGAUCACGCAGGAGAGCUAUGAUGAAGAGAUCCAACUGUACAAUGAGCAAAUCGAAACCCUCAGAAAGGGGAUUGAGGAGGCUGAGCGCUUGCUGGAGAAAUACACCAAUGAGUGCAGACAGCUGGCCAUGUACCAGACCUCGCUGGAGAAUGAGCUGGAGAGAUACAAGAGGAUCAUUGAGAAUGAAGACAGCAGAUUGAAUUCAGCUAUAAUUGGAAGCCCCAUUAGUCUGUUCACCACCAGUUACAGAUCACACACUCGGAGCCCCGCCAUGACCAGCCGAGGGAAAGAUAUCACUCAAGCCUUCCAGGACAUUGCCAGUGCCAAGCCACGUCAGAAGAGCCAGGCCAAGAAGGUCAUCAAAAAGAAGGAGCUCACCUCUAAAGACGUGACAGAGGAUGUGCAAGAGGAAAAAGAGAAAGAAGCAGUUGACCAUGUUGAGGUUGAAGGGGAUGUGAAACAAGUUGCUCUGUUGAAACCUGCGGCUCGGAACGACGUGCCUGACGGUGCCCAGAUCAGCAAGGCUUUCGACACGCUCUGCAACAUUGUGCGCAACCGCUUGCGAAGGUACAGGCAGCCUGAACCCAUCACUGAUUUCUAUACUAAAGGCCGCUAUGUCCUGGUGACAGGUGAAUCCAGCUACCUGGACCCCUGCUUCUAUAGCACAACACCCUCUGCUGGCCACAUCUUCGUCACCAUUUGUGAAAACGGUGACUCCCCAUUCGAGCCCUGUGAGCGUAAAACUCCUUCUCCUCCACCUAGUCCCUCCCCUGCUGCCACCAUUGUUCCAGUAAUUCCUCCCAGUCCCCCAGAUGACAACCACACUGAAAAGGGAGACGACGAUGCAGGUGGGAAGGAAGAUGGUGAUGACCAAGGAACUAGCCCGACUCCACAGCGUGGCAAGGAUAAGAGCGAAGAAGAAGACAAAAGUGGGCAACAAGGACCUCCACCCCUGACCUCAAGCUCCAGCGUGGCUCCGGAUUCCAUGAGCUAUGAGAAGGUGGAAGUGGUGGAGUCCGUGGAGAAGCUUUCACCUGACCUCAGAGUGAAGGGGUAUGAGGAAACUUCCAUGGUGGUGGAGACCUUGAUCGAAAAGAUGACCAAAAAGAAGCAUGGGGACAGGGCUACAUGAGAAGACUCUGGUUUCUGGUGCUGCUUUUCAUCCUUAAGCCAGUGCUUUACACUAUUGUCCUUUGCCCCAAUAGUUUUUAAUCUACAGCCAAAAUCCUAGAA